CGCUUUACGAAUAGUGCUAUUCGUUCAACUAUGGUACAGAAGUUAGAUAAAAACACUAUUCGUUGGUGUUUAGUUGGAGCAACUGCGUUGGAUUUCAUUAUUGUGUUAGUUAGUGCAAUUGCACUUGAUUUGCAGUUAGACUACGGUUUGCGUAAAACAAUGGAACGUGGUAAUGUUGUAUUAGUUUCUCGAACGUUCGCUUAUCUGACAAUCAAAGAAUAUAUGCCAGGAUUACUAGAUAAAGUAAUUGAUUACGUACGCACACUUUCAACUCAGUAUAAAGAUGCAAUGGAUUCGAGCAAGGCAGAUGAUGCUGAAGAAAUAAUUUCAAAGCUGUGCAUGUUGAAAGACGAAAUACUAACAAAUCAAUCUUUAAGAAAAAUUAAUGACACAGCGGAUGAUAAUGAAAUGUGGAAUAAGCUUAUUGAAAAUACUCCUAUUCUUGCUAUUAACGAGACUGAACCAACAUGGUUAACUGUGGCCUGGCUACAUUGUCAAUGUUAUAUGUAUAGAAGAAUCAUAGAAGUAUUACUAGUAAGCAAGUUUCACACUACACUAGAUCCUUAUAGACAACAGAAGUCUGAUGCAUUUCAAUCAUCUAUAGAGGCAAUGCAAGUUCUUGCAGGUUACUUGUCCAAUUUUAAAUCAAUUGAAGAUGAAAGUAAACUGUAUGAAUCUUUUGAAGUUUUGUUAGAGUAUUCCCUUUGGAGUAAUAAAUGCGAUCUUUCGAUACUUGUCGAGGAAAAAGAGGGUGAACAAGUUGAAGAAAACGAUAAACAAGUAAAAAGCUCCGAAGAGCAGAAUAAUCUUAAAGCUAAUAUUAUAUCUAACCACACGGAUGAAGUGUGGGCAUAUCUUAACUGUAUGCGCUUGUCAAAUGAAAAAAGUAUCAUUACAUUUGUUUUAGAUAAUGCAGGAUUUGAAUUAUUUAGUGAUCUUUGUUUGGCAGACUUUCUGCUAACGUUCAAGUUUUGCACAGAAGUUCAUUUUCAUGUAAAAUGCAUACCGUGGUUUGUGUCAGACACAACUGCUAAAGACUUUUUUUGGACAAUAGAGCAAUGUGUAAAUUCAACAGAUAAGAAUGUUUCAAAUUUAGGAAAGAAAUGGGUUGGUUAUUUGGAUGAUAACCUUCUUGUUAUAAUUGAAGAAAAAUUUUGGACUUCGGCGUAUGACUAUUCCAUGCUUGAGCAGGAGGCACCGUCUCUAUACUCUAAGUUAAGUAAAUCAAAACUAAUUAUGUUUAAAGGUGAUUUAAAUUAUAGAAAGCUUGUGGGCGAUCUAAAUUGGCCUUAUACCACCGACAUCAAAGAAGCAUCAUCAGGAUUUUUUCCUGCUCCAUGGUGUACUCUUAGAACUUUAAAGGCUGAUAUAGUUGUAGGUCUUGAUCCUGGUGUAUCUGAAGAAUUAGAUCGCUCUGUUGAUACUUGGAUGAAUUCCGGAGAUUAUGGAGUCGUGCAGUGUUGUAUAUAAAUGUUAUUUUUUUCGAGACUUUUACCCUUGAUAUUCUGUCGCCAUUUUUAACAUUAAA